AGUGUGUUACUAUGCAACGAGACGCUCUGGUGUGUUGUAUUAACUUCCUACCGGAGGAUUGCAUUAAGGAACUUAAAUCAGUCAAAGCUGCUUAUGCUUGCUCAUGCUUGCUGUGCGUUUUUAAUAGUCAACCGAUGCAAAUGAUACACUGAACCUACAGACUUCUAUCUUUUGAGGCCGAGUGUCAGACAUGGCCGAGGGUUGGUGCACUGACACCGGUGAAUCGGUUUACCGUUCCCGGGAUGCAGUUAAAAACUUACGAAUACGAGUGCGCAUACAGCGUGUGACCUCCACAGCUGCUCUGUCUCAACAUCUCCAUCAGCAAGUGCUUUCUCAGCAGGAGAGAGGAGUUAUAGAGCUGGACACCUUCAGCUCUCAGACACAAGCAGCUUCCACCACUGAUGCGGAGGAACUGGUGGUUGGUUGGCAAGAGAAGUUCUUUAGUCAGUAUGAAGUGGAUCUUUACCAAACAGAGUCAAAUUGUCAAACACCACUGGAGCGUCAGUAUCACACAGAAAUAAUGGCAAUGGAAAGAUCCAGAAGAAGACAAAACCAGCGCAUUUUCACCUACACAGACUUUGAUCGCUUCUCCAAAUGGGAAGAGCAAGCUCAGAGUCUGCUGAUCCCAGCUCAGCCUACACCAACCUUUUUAGCAGAACGCAUGGCCAAUGUUAGGCACAGGAGACAAGAGAGACGUCCUGUAGAGUCUAAUGUUCCCAAGUCCCGUUUAAUCACAUGGGAGCCUUCGGAGGAGUUCAUAAAGAACAGUCACAUCAUCAACACACCAGUGCAGGCCAUGUACAUCAUGGGAGAUCUGGGGCCUUCAGGAAAGUUGGGCUUGAAAGAGAAUGAAUAUAUAUUAUGCACCAUAAAAGCAGACAGUAAUGGAGUAAUCACAAUAAAACCUGAUUUUAACAACAAUAGAGGAGCCUACAGACUGGAAACGCAGGGGGAGAAGAGGGAGGUGUGGAGGCUGUAUCUGGAGAACGCCUCCUCACACAUUCAUGUGGAGGAGAACGAGAGGGAGCAGCACAUGUACAGAGAUCUGUACACACGUCACAAAGAUUACCUCAACAGCCUGGUUGGCCAAGACUUUGAAAUGCCACCUCCAGGGAUCCUUCGCCUGAUUGUAAAUGGAGAGAUUGUUUCUGCUCAGGGUUAUGAGUAUGACAAUCUUUAUGUCCAUUUCUUCCUGGAUUUACCAAAUAAUUGGUCCAGUGUUCCCUUUCACUGUCUGUCCGGUGUGACUCAGACAUGUCGCACACACAGUGUGGAAAAGGAGGAUGUUGCCUUCUUCUCCUAUCCAUUCAGCUUUGAGACCUUCUUCCACAAGGAAGAUGAGUCUGAUGGGUCAAUGCCCCAGUGGCCAGUUCUGUAUUUCAAAGUUCUCUCGUUGGAUUUCUGGCAGCGCUACAGAACUGAAGGCUACGGCUUCCUGGUCAUUCCCUCAAUGCCGGGGUAUCACAGGAUGACUUGCCACACUUGGAGACCCCUCCAGUCCGGCACGGUGGCUGAACUGAGACGCUUCUUCAUCGGCGGAGCACCUGAACUCGAGGACAUCAGUUAUGUCCGAGUGCCUGGCACUUUCAAGGGAGAGCGGUUGAGUCGCUUUGGCUUUCGCACUCAAACCACUGGAAGUGUGACCUUUACUCUUAAUUGUAUCCAGCAUGCCAGGGCUUUUAUUGAUGCCAUCACCCUGAAGAAAAGAAGGCAGACUGUUCUGGAUCAGCUGGGCGGACACAGUCAGCAGGGCUCUGUCUAUAAUGUUCUGGAAGCAUUUCAAAGGGCACGUAAGCGAAUGCAGGAGGCAAGAGACACUUUACCCAGAGACCUCAUCAACACCUCUGCACAAUUAAACUCAGAGUCUUCUGCAUAGCAACAUUACACAUGGAACAUGUAUAAUAAUACUGGUUAUGUGUAUAGUACAUUUUUGUAUAGUUUGAAAUGUAUAGUUUUUUUUUUCCAGUUGUGUUUUAUGUAUUACUUGUAUUAUGUAUGUACAUUCUACCUAUUUCUUUUGCUUUUUGCAAAUGCACUUAAUGAAAACAUUAUUAUUGUAAAAACUAAACCGGAUUGCUUUGGUAACUUAUCGAGAUUAAGGAAUUUCAAAGAGAGUUUAGCCCAAAUUCACAGUCCCAUAAAAGUGCAGAUUGGAGUGGAAAGUUCAGUGGGUGAUCUACUGAUAAUGUGCAAAUGAAAGAACGCAGACUCAUUUCCAUAAUGACCAGAGCAAAUUAGAAACAAUCACAGCCAUGUCAAGCUCAAAAUGGGUUAAGACACUUGUUUAGGCAUUAAAUAAUAGUGCAAAUAAUAGUAAAUGAACUACCACAAACCCUUGUAAAUCACAUUGCAUGAUUUAUUUAAAUACUCUCCUCCCAUGAAUUUUCCUAAUUAAUUAAUCAAUUCUGACAGUAGUUUUUUAAUGUCAAAAGAGGGAUUGCAUUUGGUUAAAUCUGAGCAUAAUGUUUGCAUAAUGUUUGACUUAUAGAUGUGUUUGUGCUAUUAUUUCACACAGCGAGGUUUAUUAUAUUUCAAUUAUUUCAGACUUUAUAGUUAUACUUUUAAGGAAGGUAAGGAAGAAACAUUUGGAUAUUUUUAGUUUUGUGGCUACAUAUUUGUGGGUCGUUUAUAUGCGAUAAACUACAACUGUGGGUCGUUGAACUUGGUAACUGGAACUGAAUUUAUGCUGUAGAUCCACUCAAAUGACUUUCCAAGAGUUGGUUAAAAGUACUUGCACAAAAGUCUAAUGCAGACAGUGAGACAUGCCAAGCACAUAAAUAAACAGCAGAGGGCACCAUCUUAUCUAUAAACAAGCCACCCGUGUCAUAAAAACAUGGAAGGGCAGUCAUAUGAUUCAUGGGAAUUGUUACAGUUACUUAGUUCUCUACAGAUUCCUUCUCUGCAGUUUGUGUUGUCAAAAGACAUGCAUGAUCACAUGGUCUUCAUCUGAUUUGGAUGGAUAUAGUGAGAACAUAAUGUCAGCUAUCAGCACUCCUGUGUUCACAGCCCUUGAGGCAGGCAGUCGGAUUAAAACACAGCCCACUGUCCCCCAGACCACCUGUCCAUGUGUAAAGUGAAACCAAAUGCACAGACUCUUUGGGUAUCAUGCUGCUGUGUGAAGUGUUCUCCAUUUUCAUUCUUAAAAAUACAUUUCUUAAAUGGUUCUUUGUCAGGGUGUACAGUUCCAUGAAGAAUCUUUAAAAUCCAUGGAACUUUCCCACCACAUAUAAGUUCUUUGUAGUAGAAAAGUGUUCUUAGGAUAGAAAAAGUUUUUAACACUAAAACGUUAAAUAGCCAUUUCUGUUUAUCCUGGCACUUUUAUUUUCAAGAGUAUAUUACUGGGUCUAAAGAAGGGUUGGCAAUGUCAGAACUGGUCAAUUCAGUCCUGGUGCCUAUAUAACAGCUGCUUCUGUCAGAAUGCAUCCUGCUAUGAUUGCACGUCACUGAGACACAAAGUCAAGAGAUUGCACCGACACCAAGAAACGGAAGCUUCAUUAGUUCGAGGAACUUUUUAGCUUUUUUUCGGCCUAAAAUGACUGAUUGUGCUGCUGCUUUUUUCAAAUUUGCAGUGAUAUUUGCUGAAUUUCCUUGUUGUUUUGCAGUGAAAAUAUACCACAGACAACAUUCUUCUAA